AUCUUUUUACUAAUUUGAGGUCUAUGGGUUUGUAUUUGUGUAUGUAUUUGUCGAUUACGAAAUUACAAAUUCGAAGGUAAAUUGGAUUAAUUUACUACUUCAGGUCUCGUAUUUUGUAAUGAUAUUUUACAAAAUGAUGUAAUUUACAAAAUGAUGUAAUUUGUCCUGGUAACUAUUUGCUCUUGAUCCAAAACAUAAAAAAUAUUGGUAAAAAAAUGGGGCUAAAGGUAAUCCAAAUUUUAUAUGAUGCAUUGAAAAUCGGAUUGUGCUUAUUCGGGACAGUAGCUGCUUUUUUCACAGUAAUAGAUUUAACAUACUUUUUGUGUAUUCCUAAUGGUCCAAAGAAUGAUAUUGUAGACGAAGAUCCUUGGAUAAAUACUUCUUGGGCUCUACUAGUUAAUAUGAUAUUGUUAACUCUAUUUAUUUUACAACAUUCUUUAUUGGCAUCAAGUAACGUAAAAAACCUUUUUAAAAGUUAUGGGCUGCAAGUAAUUUUUCGUAGUAUAUAUGUCAUAACCACAUCUACCGUAUUAAUGGUCUUGGUAAAAUACUGGAUUAGCACACACCAUGUAAUUAUUUGGGAAUACAACUUGAAAUAUAAACCAGUAUUACUAUUGUACUCUUGCAUUCAUGUUGUUGCAUGGAUUAUAAUAUACGUUGGAAAUAUCUGCACUGAUGUAACAGAACUAUUGGGCAUCAAACAGGUAUAUUAUAGCCUUGUAAGAUUACCCGAUCCAAAUAUAAGGAAAUCAUCUCGACUACAAAGGCUUACCGCACAUAUGAGACAUCCCAGUUUUCUUUCCUUUAUUUUAAUUUUUUGGCUCUAUCCUGUCAUGAGCUUGGAUCGUCUGUUGUUGGCUUCAGUUUUAACUUCGUACAUGUACAUAGCAUGGAACCCAGAUGAAAGAGACUAUUAUUAUCAUAAAUCACAAUAUGAAAGAAAAUAUCAUGAAUUAGAUCAUUUGCAUCGAUACAACUAUUAGAAAGUAUUGAAAUAAAAAUUUUUCCUAACAAGACUAAUAAAUUGAUAUUUUGUUUUACUAAGGAAUGGAUGGUGUAAUGUAUGUAAUGUUUUGUUUUUCAUUUCAUUCUAAAAAGAAUCAUUAAUUUUUUAUAUACCGUGCCAUCGAGUAUACUAUUUAAAAAAGAUUGUACAAGAAAAAGUUGUAAAGAUUUUUAAAGCAUUUGGUUAAAGUGGUGACCAGUACUUAACAGAGUCGCAAUUAGAUUAUUUGUUAGCUUCUUAUAAAAUCCCGUUUUAAUUAAUUUAUUACAUGCUUUAAUAAACUUUUGUAAUAGUUAA